GUGGCGGGUGGCGGGGCCGGGUCCCCGCUGUCACCGCGGUCGGCGCGUGCUGGGGGCGGGAGCGUGGGGGCCGGACUGCGGGCCCCAUUCGAGGCGGGGAUCCCCGGCCACGCGCGGGUUGGGGGCUCCAGAGCCCGGCAUCGCCCGGCGCUGCAGCUACGGCUUGGCCUACGGGAGGGGGCGCAGGAGCGGGACCCCCUGGGCGCGAGGCCCGAUCCCCGCCCGGUCGCUGGCCCGCGGCCCGGCCCAGGGCAUGGUGUCGUCUGGAAGUGACUGUGUCACUGUUUCCUUGGGGCGCUUUCCGUCUCCGCAGGGUCGGAAAUCCUCUUCGGGGCUCGGUGAGAUUGCAACAGAUUCUGAUACGUCCUGCCCUGUGGACCUGCAGCGGCCCCGGGCCCCGCCCCGCCCCGCCCCGCCCCGCCCAGGGAUGACACACGCCCCCACCGACCACCCGCCUGGGGGUCCGCCAGCCCCCGGCCCUGUCCAGUGGGGGGCCCCUCUGGGUGCGCCGUGCCAGGCGGCCGCUGUCCUUCGGGCCCUGGGAGGUGGAAGCCAGGGACUCCCAGCCCUGAGCCAGCACAGCGGAGGGGAGAGCCGGCCCCACCUGGGCUGGGCUGCACCUGUUCCCGCCCCCUCCAGGCGGGAGUCCCCGCGGCCUGGCCACAGGCUUUCUUUGAUGGCCGUGCCCCGCCGGGAAACGCGCUGCGGCCCCCGGGUUACUGCUUGCGGGGGUGAUAUUAAAGGCCAAAGGUUGUCUAAAAGCCACCUGGGUGGUGUGGAGGUGCAGGUGGGCUGUUAGGUUGGUGGCUGUGGUUGUGAAGCCGAUGUCACUGUCUUUACCCAGCAGCUUAUUCCAGAAAGGGGGCGUCAGCCUGCCCUUCCAGUGCCGAUAGAAACACUAGCGGGUGAUUUUUCACUGUUUUGCUGUGUUUGCUCUGGAGUCACCAGGUGACUUCCAGGCAGUGUGCAGAAGGAACCGUCCCAUUAUUUGGCACGUGGGCCGUUUCCUCCACCCGAGGUCCAGGGCUCCGUCUUCACAGUCUGUCCUCAGCACACAGUAGGCACCUGUAGAUGGCACACGUGGCGUUUCCUCCGCCCGAGGGCCAGGGCUCUGUCUUCAGCACACAGUAGGCACCUGUAAAUGUUUGCUCAGUUGCGGCGAAGACAAGGAGGCAGGUUCUUUUCAUUUUAAGGAACACACAGGGAAAAAAACCAAUCCAGAUUAGAGAAGAUCAGAAAAUCUUACGAAGAUUUUACAGUUACUGUUCCUAGCCUGUGGCGUGACCCCUGCGUGCACUGCCUUUUAUUCUGAGGGUUGAUCCUCAUCUAAUCUGAACACUCAGAUAGAGGCUUUACAUGGAGGACUUAUUGGGGAGUGCUUGCUCUACUUAGAAGCCUGUCUUUCCCUGUGAAGAGGGCUGGAGCCACACUGUUCAUCUUUGCUUCCCCCCAGCCUGGCCAGGGCCGGACCAGAGGUUUUCUCUACGUGAUGGUUGAAGUGGAUCAAGGUCCUUUUGUCGGAGUGAUAGAUGUCAACUAUUGCAGUGGCUUUCCACUGGGUUGAGGGUGACCUUCCGAGAUGCAGAAGUAAUCUAGGCAGGGUUUUCAUAACAACAAUAAAUUUGGCCACCCAGGGUCUGUAAAGUCACCUGUAGGGUAGCCUUACUAGCUCUCGCUGACUGCACCUGCCAGGACUGUCCAGCAGGCUCGAGUGACCUUGGGCAUGCAGUGUUGCUCUUAAUUAUCUACAGAUUGAGCCAAGCUCAGAAAACAUAUUAAAUGUUUGCCUUUAGAUGGUUUCUGGUUUAAAGUACAUAAGGACAAUGAAGCAGGUUACAAAAAAAGCACUUAACAUUUACCCUGUUCAAUGUUUUACCUGUCUGAGCAUACCUUUUCUGUUAUGACAACUCUGUAAAUGGAAGAAAGAAGUCCUUUUCAACUCAAAGCAGCAAUUUCAGUGGCUGUUUCAAACAUUGCCUUUCAAUUGGAGAUAAAAUCAAAGAAACAAAACCUCAGGCUUUUUGCUGAAGACCAACUUGAAUUCAUUAUUCAAUGAUUUUCUGUAUCCUUUCAACAUGCAUUUGUUAAGUGAGGUGCGGUGGCUCACACCUGCAAUCCCAACACUUUGGGAGGCUGAGGUGGAAGGAUCGCAUGAGCCCAGGAGUUCAAGACCACCUUGGGCAACAUAGGGAGGUCUCGUCUCUAUAAAAAAUUAGCCAAGUAUGGUGGCAUGUGCCUGUGGUCCCAGCUACUUGGGAAGCUGAGGCAGAAGGAUCACUCAAGCCUGGGAGCUCAAGACUGCAGUGAGCUGUGAUUGUGCCACUGCACUCAAGCCAGGGCAACAGAGUGAGACCCUGUCUCUGAAAAACAAAACAAUAAAAGUGCAUUUAUUGAAUUCACACUUCAUAGGAGGCACCAUGCCGUGUGUUCUGUGGAUUUGGUGUUAAGACUUGGUCUCUGCCCUUGAGCUUAUAGUGCAGUGAGGAGACAGGAGAAUAAACACAUGGUAGAAGCUCCCACAGAGGUGGACAGAGCCUUCUGUGGGCGCAAAGGCGUGGCAUCCAGCUGGAUUGUGGUGGGGGUGGGGCUCUGAGAUGGACUUGAGCUUCAUUUUGAAGGAUGAUCAGGACCGGCAAGAACAAGUGAGGGAAAAGUGCCUUCCCCCGAAGGGACAGUGGAUAUAAAGUGACAGGCGUGGUUCCUGCCCACCAGCUCUUGGGAGAAGGGCAGUGGUGGCCCCAGGGUAGAUGGGGUAAAGUGGGUGAGCUAGGCUGACAGCAGACUGGGAAAAGCCUUGAGUUCCACCUGGGAGUUUGAAUUCACCCUGAGUGGCAUGAAGCCUCUGAAGAUCUUGGGUUUGUGAGUGACUUGAUCAGAGGUGGCCAGGGAGGUGAAGAGGCCAAGGCCGGUUGAGGGACUGUCAUGGCACACCCAGAGAGACAUCAGGACAGAAAAGAGCAAGACUCAGCCGGGCCCGGGGGCUCACACCUGCAAGCCCAGCGUUUUGGGAGGCCAAAGCGGGGGGAACGCUUGAGCCCAGGAGUUGCAGGCUGCAGUGAGCUAUGAUUGUUCCAUUGCACUCCAGCCUGGUCAACUCUGUUUCAAAAGAAAAAAGAGAGCAAGACUCUGAGACAAGUGGCUGCAGGAUGGGAAGAGCCAGGGAAGAAGGAGGGGAUGUUCCAGGAUUGAGCGGCGGGCAGUGCCACACCCCAUGCAGAGUGUGGAGGGAGGGUGCGGGCUGGCACCAUGUGGAGAUGGCGAUGAGGUUACUGCGAGACGUCUGGGCAGUAAGCAUAUGUGUUUUGGCCUGGAGCCAAAGAGAGUGUAUUAGACGAGAGCAUUUUGGGGAUGCUGUGUGCCAUCCAAGCUGGGGACUGGGUUGGGUCUUCCCAGGAGAAUGUGUAGAGUGAGAAAAACAAGACAGAAUCCUGAACGCUGUGGACUCCUAAUACAGUCUUAAAGUCAAUAAGGGAACAGAAGGCCAGUCAGUAACCCGUUGCCUUUUGGGGGAAUGGGGCAGGGUAGUGGGCUUUUUUCUUUUUUUUUUGUUGAGACAGAGUCUUGCUCUUUCUCCUAGUCUGGAGUGCAGUGUCAGGAUCAGUGGCUCACUGUAGCCUCGACCUUCUGGACUCAAGCGAUCCCCUUACUUCAGCCUCCCAAAUAGCUGGGACGAUAGACUUUUUUCUUUUCUUUUUUUUUUUUUUUUUUUGAGACAGAGUCUCACUCCCACUGCCGUGGCUAGAGUACAAUGGAGGGAUCAUGAGAUCAUGGCUCACUGCAGCCUCGACCUCUCGGACUCAAGCAGUCUUCCCACCUUAGUCUCCUGAGUAGCUGGGACUAUAGGCGCACACCACCACGCCCAGCUAAUUUUUGCAUUUUUUAUAGAGACGGGGUCUCGCUUUGUUGCCCAGGCUGGUCUCAAAUUCCUGGACUCAAGCAGUUCUCCCACUUUGGCCUCCCAAAGGCUGGGAUUACAGGUGUGAGCCACAGUGCCUGGCCUGGCCUUUUGUCUCUUGGAGUGAAGGAUGGAGUAUGGGACGGGGGGGAUGCCAGUGUCCUUGCAGUGGCCUUCCUGUCUCACGUGUCUAUUUGCCUUUUGGGGAACCUCCAGCUUCAGUGUCGCUCUUCUCAAAGGACCUAGUUCUCCUGCAGUCUGAGGGUUGCUCGUCUCAGACGUUCCCACAGGUAGGGCUCUGAGAAAAGGCUUCUCAGACCGAGAGACCCAAGGCUGCAGAGCCCUCAGGGGCACCUCACUCUCCUUCCAGGACCCUGUUUCUGUGUGGUCCUUCAGCAUUGGCAGCAGGUACAACUUUGGAAAAAGUCUGCUAAGAACAGAGGCCACGCGUGUGAUGCGUCCCCUACCCCCUGAGUCCUCCACCUGAGGGGCGGAAUGGGUGAGGCCGGGGAAAGGCUGUGCUGCAGAAGCAGCCCCUAUCUGCCCGCGGCCGGCACGUGGUCUCCCAGGGCUGGCUGAGCCUCUGGAUAAGGUUUGAGCUGUUAUCUACACCCUCCAACAGAACCUGCUCACAGGGGCGCAGGCUUCAUGGCCUCCGAGGACUGUGCAUAUGCAGCCAUGGCUUCCUGCAACCCUCCCCAGUGUGUUCCCUUCUUUUUUUCUUUUCUCUUUUUGUUAAUUGUUUUUUUUUUUUUUCUUUUGAGAUGGAGUUUUGCUCUUGUUGCCCAGGCUGGAGUGCAGUGGUGCGAUCUUGGCUCACCACAACCUCUGCCUCCCGGGUUCAAGCGAUUCUUCUGCCUCAUCCUCCCUAGUAGUUGGGACUACAGGCGCACGCCACCAUGCCCAGCUAAUUUUGUAUUUUUAGUAGAGACGGGGUUUCACCAUGUUGGCCUGGCUGCUCUCGAACUCCUGACCUCAUGAUCCGCCUGCCUCGGCCUCCUAAAGUGCUGAGAUUACAGGCGUGAGCCACCGUGCCUGGUCGUUAAUUGUUUUUUUUUUAGAGACUGGGUCUUGCUCUGUUGUCCAGGCUGGAGUGCGAUGGUGCAGUCAUGGCUCACUGCAGCCUCAACCUCCUGGGCUCAAGCCAUCCUCCCACCUCAGCCUUCUGAGUGGCUGGGACUACAGGUUCUUGCCACCACACCUUCCUGAUUUUUUAUUUUUUUGUAGAGAUAGUAUCUUACUAUGUUGCCCAGGCUGGUCUUGAACUCCUGGCUCAAGGGAUCAUUUCACCUCAACCUUCCAAAGUGCUGGGAUUACAGGCAUGAACCACUACACCGGCCUGUUCCCUUUUUCUUACAGGUCAUUGAGAACACACCACAGGGGACCUGGGAAUCUACUGAGGAUACAGAUUUCCCACAAUCCGAGACUGUGUGUCUGCCUGAUUGUUACAUAAUUUUAAUUGGGUGCCACACACUGAGAGAGAUUGUUUACUGGUGGGCCAUCCUGUUUCCAGUAAAAGCCCUUCCAUUCACUGUGGCAUGGUAAAUGGAGCUCAUCACAUGGUCCCUUCAGCCUUUCCUUGAAUCAUUUCCACCCCUUCCCUAAUUACCCUCUGUGAUCCCUUUCCCGGCAAGGGUCCUUCUAGCCUUGCUACCUUGGUAAACCUGUGGCCUUAGGAUCGAGGUGUGGACAUUAACUUUUCUGCUCUGGCGGCUUCCUGGGCUGUCCUCUCCAUGUUCCCAGCACUCAGGGGCACUGUCCUUUCCUGGCAGCCUAGUAAAUCCCAGGCCUCUGUUUUGGGCCCUUUGGCUUCUUGGUGCCUGUUAUGCUGAAGCGUAGAACUGUCUUAGUCAGAGCCCCAAAGGACACUGACCGGCCCACGUUCUCAUGGAGCUGGGUAGCUCUGACCAGACUUGCCCUCUGGGGCCCUGUCCUUUGACCACGCUGUCUCUAUCCCUUCUGAGGCUAAGGCUUCCUCACACUGCAAGACCCAGCCGAGGCAGGCCUUGGCACUGGGAAAGCAUCGUGUCACAGCACCUGCACCUUGAAUUGGCAUCGUCAGUACACCUGACCCGGGCUGGGGUGGGGCCAUGCCUCUGUACUCCUCUGCACUCAGGUACCUGGCACACUGGCAUUCAGGAAGCAUGUCUUGAAUGCCUAUUAAAAUGAUUAGGACCGGGCGUGGUGGCUCACGCUUGUAAUCCCAACACUUUGAGAAGCCAAGGUGGGAAGAUUGCUUGAGGCCAGGAGUUUGAGACCAGCCUGGGCAGCAUAGUGAGACUUUGUCUCUACCAGACAUAAAAAGUAAAUAAAAAUAAAAUGAUUAAACAUGCACAACUCCAUCUCGAGCUGGAUCUCUCCUUAGGUCUAAAGACACUUGCUGAGAACCUGAUGUGUGCCUGGCCUUCCAAGGCACACCUGUCACUGGCUUGGAACUCAGACCAAUCAAAAUGCCUGUGCUGCUGACAGCUGAGCUCUCUUGCUCUGGUUCUCCUCCUGUGUCCUGGGGGUGUUUUUCCAGACCUGCUGUGGGGAGAACCUUUGGGCCCAGAUGAUAAAGAUCCUGAAUUAGCAGAGUCCUGUGCCAGCUCCAGCCCCUGCCUUUGGGUGGACCAGACCAGGCUGGGGAAAGAAAGAUGUCUGGCUAUGAAAGGGUGGCUGGCCAAGGUUGAGGCUCAGCCUGCCCCUGCUCAGGCUCCGAGCAGCAGGCUCAGCAGCCACAGUUAGGCAUGUUUGCACUUCCAACCAUCACAGGCAGGCAGGCAGGCCAACUGGCCCAUGGUGUGGUGACUAACACCUCAUUAAUGGUCAUACCCCUCUUGUACCUGGCAUGUGCCCUCCAUUGUGUGCCUCCAGCAAAGAGCCCACUAUCAAGUUCCCCAGUCAGCAGCUACUUGGUAGUCACUGUGGCAUGUCGGUCACCAUUAAUAUUUGAAAGAUGCCUGUGCUCUGCUUCAGGCUGAGGCAGGCACCCCUUACCUUCCUGUCAUGUGAAGAUGCCUGCAGGAAAGGUCACACCUAGGGUGGGUGGACUAGUAAUGCUCCCUGUUGUUAUUUGGCCUUCAAAAUUAAAUUUGUCUUAGGCCCAAGUGGUUUGCGAUUUCUCUGAGUCUCUGCCUGUUUUCUUCUCUGUUCCCUCCUUCCCAGGGUACACUGGACAUAGUGUGAGACGCUUGGGUGCAGAAGUCACGGUGUGGUAGCAGGGCUGGGUGGAUAAGCCAGCACCACGAUGGUGGGUGUGCUGGGCAAGGGUGAGGACAGAUGUGGACAGGAGGCGUGGAGCUCUGUGACGGCUUGGCCCUGCCCCAGAGGUCCCAUGGAGUCCUGUGAAGGAGGGGCGAUUGGACCGAGCAGAAAGCGAAAGGGGACAGGUGUGUCCUGCCUCUCUGAACAGUGACAUUCCCACAGUGUAGUGUGGGGACUGCAGUUGGCACUGUGUGGCCAGGACUCCGGAAGCUGUUGUCCGAGGGGCAGGGAGGGGCUGGGUCCUGGAGGGUGGGGGACACCAGGAGAGGGUUUCGGGUGGAGAACGGUGACCGGGUGAAGCCCUGAGUGGGCAGGAGGCUGGGAGUGGGAGCUGAAUUGCGCUGGAGACACAUGGAGUGUGAAUGUUGUGAUUGUACCGGAGACACCUGGGAAGCAGCUGGAGGGACAGGCCUGGACCUCAAAGAAGGAUUCUAGGCUCAGAAGAGGGUGGGCUCCAUUGGAGAGACAGGCACGGGCGGUGGAGGAGCAGCCGCGGAGAGGUGAGGGGAUGCCUGGCAGGGAGGCAGGCGGGAUGAGGCCCAAGGCAGCUGGGAGAUCUGGCGGCCAGCGGCGGGAGGGCCGGAAGCUGGGUGUCGUCUGCUCCUGCCAGCCACUAGGCUCAGAAGGAAAACGGAGAAGAGGUGGAGCUGGAGUGGAGCCUCAGGCCCUGUGGUUUGCUGUGUUUGGGGCCUGCUGUCACAGCACUGGGAGCCUUGGAGAGAGAUGGGGAGCUAGGAUCCCCAGAAGGGUGUGAGAUGGCAGACAGGUUUGCAGAAAACCCUCAGAAAGGGGGCUGGAGGAUUUAGCCACUCUGUCCUCCCCUUCCGGCAGCCCAGGGCCUCCUCCCGAGCACAGCGGCGCUAUGGACUCUCCAGGAUACAACUGCUUCGUGGACAAAGACAAGAUGGACGCUGCCAUCCAGGACCUGGGGCCCAAGGAGCUGAGCUGCACUGAACUGCAGGAACUGAAGCAGCUGGCGCGCCAGGGCUACUGGGCCCAAAGCCAUGCCCUGCGGGCAAAGGUGUACCAGCGCCUGAUCCGGGACAUUCCCUGCCGCACGGUCACGCCCGACGCCAGCGUGUACAGCGACAUCGUGGGCAAGAUCGUGGGCAAGCACAGCAGCAGCUGCCUGCCGCUGCCCGAGUUCGUGGACAACACGCAGGUGCCCAGCUACUGCCUGAAUGCACGCGGCGAGGGGGCCGUGCGCAAGAUCCUCCUGUGCCUGGCCAACCAGUUCCCCGACAUCUCCUUCUGCCCCGCCCUGCCGGCCGUGGUGGCCCUGCUGCUGCACUACAGCAUCGACGAGGCCGAGUGCUUCGAGAAGGCCUGCCGCAUCCUGGCCUGCAAUGACCCCGGCAGGAGGCUGAUCGACCAGAGCUUCCUGGCCUUUGAGUCGUCCUGCAUGACGUUUGGGGACCUGGUGAACAAGUACUGCCAGGCGGCCCACAAACUGAUGGUGGCCGUGUCGGAGGAUGUCCUGCAGGUCUAUGCGGACUGGCAGCGCUGGCUGUUUGGGGAGCUGCCCCUCUGCUACUUCGCCCGGGUCUUUGACGUCUUCCUGGUGGAGGGCUACAAGGUGCUGUACCGCGUGGCGCUGGCCAUCCUCAAGUUCUUCCACAAGGUGAGGGCCGGGCAGCCGCUGGAGUCGGACAGCGUGAAGCAGGACAUCCGCACGUUCGUCAGAGACAUCGCGAAGACGGUGUCCCCUGAGAAGCUGCUGGAGAAAGCGUUCGCCAUCCGCCUCUUCUCCCGCAAGGAGAUCCAGCUCCUGCAGAUGGCCAAUGAGAAAGCCCUGAAGCAGAAGGGCAUCACCGUGAAGCAGAAGAGGCAGUUUGUGCACUUGGCCGUCCAUGCAGAGAACUUCCGCUCGGAGAUCGUCAGCGUGAGGGAGAUGAGAGACAUCUGGUCCUGGGUCCCCGAGCGCUUUGCCCUGUGCCAGCCCCUUCUGCUGUUCUCCUCCCUGCAGCACGGGUACAGCCUGGCCAGGUUCUACUUCCAGUGUGAAGGACAUGAGCCUACCCUCUUGCUCAUCAAGACCACGCAGAAGGAGGUGUGUGGUGCUUACCUGUCCACAGACUGGAGUGAGAGAAAUAAGUUUGGAGGCAAACUGGGCUUCUUUGGGACCGGAGAAUGCUUUGUGUUUAGGCUGCAGCCUGAGGUGCAGCGCUACGAGUGGGUGGUGAUCAAGCACCCCGAGCUGACCAAGCCCCCACCCUUGAUGGCUGCCGAGCCCACCGCCCCACUCAGCCACUCCACCUCCUCAGACCCCGCUGACCGCCUCUCGCCCUUCCUGGCCGCUCGCCACUUCAACCUGCCCUCCAAGACCGAGUCCAUGUUCAUGGCGGGGGGCAGCGACUGCCUCAUCGUCGGGGGAGGAGGCGGCCAGGCGCUCUACAUCGAUGGGGACCUGAACCGGGGCCGCACAAGCCACUGCGACACCUUCAACAACCAGCCCCUCUGCUCCGAGAACUUCCUCAUUGCUGCCGUGGAGGCCUGGGGCUUCCAGGACCCUGACACCCAGUGACGGCCUGUGCCACGGUGACUGAGCCGUGGUGGGGCGGUGGGCCGAGGCUGGGCUGCCACCUCGGGCAGCAGAGAGCAGAUGAAACCCCCAUGUGGUAGGCAGGGUUGGGGGACGGCAGGACCCCAUGGCCAAGCCUGGCGUUGCCUGGACCUGCUGCUGCCUCUACCUGGGGUUUGGGCUGGGCUUCCCCAGUCCACCUGCAUCUGGGUCAGAGCUGGAGGGCCUGCUGUGCCCCCAGCCCCACCCAGAGCUGGCAUAGGAAGUACCUUCCUCCUCCGUGGAGGCUUUCUUAGCCCAAGGCCUUGGGAGUGUCUGGGUCUUGCUGCCCCUGAGCCUCUCUAGGCAGCCUGAGCCCCUGGGGUGGGAGUGGAACGGCAGUGGGAACGUGCAGCUAAGGGUGGGCCUGUGGUGCCCCCUGCUGGUGCCGCACAGCAUCGCGCCCUCCUGAGCAGGGCCCUGCAGCCUGGCUGGCUGGCGACUGAAUCCCAGCGUAGAUCCCGAGAACAGACUGGCACCCUUGGGCCUGCCCCCUGGCGGACCCCACCCCCUGUCCUGGGCCUUUGCCCCAGUUCCCUCCCCAGGCCUCCUGGGCCACCUCUCACAGUAACCCUUCUUGGCUGCCUCUGAGCUGCGUUUGGGAGCUGCUGGGUGGGAGGAGGAGGGUGGGAUUUGUGCUGGGCUCCACCCCCAGGGAGGGUGGGAGCUGGAGGGGGAUGUCACAUGUCCUUGUGUUUCUGCAGAGCCUGAAGCUUUUGCUGGGCCUCCCUGCGUGUUCCCAUCUGAAGAGGUAGCCCCGGGAGAGGCCCUCAGGGACCGACCCAGACCAGCAAGCUCCAUUUCCAGGGGUCUGCCCAGAGAAGCUUGGACCCAGGGGGCUUCUCAGCUCCCCUCCCUUCCAGCCCAGGCCUCCUUGAGCUCCUGUAGCCUCUGCAGCUGCCCAUUUCACCUCUUUGUCAUUGCAAUGACCUGGGUCCCAGGGUCACGCCCAAGCCCCUCUUUGUGGCAUGCUCAUCUCAGUGCAGCCCCAACUGCUUCUCUGCACCAGGCCCUGUGCCCUCCCCUGGCCCUGGCCACACAGCACCUCCUUGGCCACCUUGCAUGGAUGCAUGUCCUCCCUCUGUCCCUCUUGUGGUGCUGUGGCUGGCCACGUGUCAGGGUUUUCUGUGAGCCUCUCACCUUACAGCCUUUGGGCCCCUGGGCCCCUGCCCUGCCUGAGCCCUGCGCUGGCCAGAUGCAGGUAGGUGCCAAGGGAGGCCUUGCCUCUGGGCACUAUAGGGGGCAGCCCCCUGCCUUGUGACCUCCCUCCAUGCCCCAUGACCUCCUUCAACUGGUCUUGAGGGUCUGGGCACCACGGAGGGGAGAAGGGAGACACAGAGGCCCAAGUGGCUGUUCUGGGACCAUGGAAGCCUGGGUCACAGAGGCAGGUACCAGCAGUCCUGCCCCCACCCCCAUCCCUGCUGGCCUCCAGCCAGUGCCACUUGGAGUCCCCUGCACCGUGCCACUGUCCAUCCCCGCACCAUUGCCUGCUCCUCCCAUGGGGCUUUAGCCUCCCCUGACCAUCUGCUCACGUAGCCUCUGACUGGGCGCACAGUGGUGCAGGAGGAAGGACCGGGAACCCUGUGUGGCUUUGGGCAAGCUGACAAACCCAUCUGGAACUCAGUUUCCCCAACUGUGAAAUGGGGCCAGUCCCCAUGCCCUGCUGUCCUCCUCACAGGACUGCUGAGAGGCUCGCAGGGGGACGGGGUGAAUCCCUCUCACGGGGAGAGGUAUGGGAGGGAAUCGCCACUCAUCUCAGCCCACCGCGGCCCUCCAGGCCCCCGCCUGAGCCCCUGAGGCCCUCAUCUGUACCGCCAGCUUUGGUGUUCAUUAAACAUGGUCUUGCUGCAUCAGCUCCAGGGCUCCAAGCCGAGUCUGAUCUCUUCAGCCAGAGGGGCCUCCGGGGGCUUCCUGGGCCUACAGCCAAGCAGGUGUGGGAGGCUGCCCGCUGUAGUGCUCACCCACAUUCUAUGACUGGAAUGCUGCAAGCCUCUUCCAGAGGGAGCCCUCCAGGAGCAGGGAAGGCAUAUCCGUGGACCAUUUGUAGGUUUCCCUCUGCAAACUUCCUGAACUGGGUGGUGAUUUUUCUGGCGAGUUAAGUCCAGCAGGUUCUGCGUGGCUGCCCCAGGGGGCCCCACCCGGGCCUUCCAGUGAUCUGGACCAGGAAGACGGAUUGCUGCUGGGUCAUGAUUUCCACAUCAUGAGCGAAGUUCUUUGUUUUUUGUGUGCAUGCAAAAUAUUGUUUCUUUAAAUUUAAUAUCUUUUCCUAACUUUUCUACUAACCUAGAAGGUAUGUGUGAUUAUUAUCUUUUUUAUUCUUAUCACUGUACUUGUUAUUAUCUGAUAUUAGGUACUCCCAAAUAGAACAUAAUUUAUUUUGUUAAUGUUCUCUAUUUCUUCUGGAUUAUUUAUUAGCUUUGGAUGUUAAAAAUUAGCCAAAAGUGGCUGCUCUGCCUAUGAAGUAGCCAUUCUUUGUUUAAAAAAAAAAAGCCAACAUUUGAUGAAACUGCAUAAUAAAUUAUCAUUUGUUUUUAGAAACAUUCAAACAAUUAUUUUUUGAUUUUUUUUUUUUUUUUUUUUUUUUGAGACAGAGUCACCCAGGCUGGAGUGCAGUGGUGUGAUCUUGGCUCACUGCAACCUCUGCCUCCUGGGUUCAAGCGAUUCUCCUGCCUCAGCCUCCUGAGUAGCUGGGAUUACAGGCAUACGCCACCACGCCCAGUUAAAUUUUUUUUGUAUUUUUAGUAGAGGCAGGGCUUCACCGUGUUGGUCAGGCUGGUCUUGAACUCCUGACCUCGUGAUCCACCCACCCCAGCCUCCCAAAGUGCUGGGAUUACAGGUGUGAGCCACUGCGCCUAGCCUAUUUUUUUAUUUUUUUGAAUAGACCACUUUGUGCUGAAUAAAUGUUUAACAUUUAUUUUUAAAACAACAAUUGAACCUAAUUUAAAAUAGUUUAUUAAAUGAAUUCAUUAAAGCAGAUUAUAUGCCUUUGGGGCUUCAGAUAAUCAGUUUAAACAAAAGAACUUAUGAGAGUAAGUCAUUUGUACUUGAAUUUUUUCAGAGUUUUAAUGAACUAAAGUAUUUUAAUUUUUCUAUUUUUGUAAGCCGCGUAGUUCAUUUUUUGAGUUUUUCAGUGGAAUUUGUUUUAAAACGUUUUGAAGAUUUCAGAGGCCUUCAUAUUUCUCUUAUCCACUUUCUGAACCCAUAAAGCCUUUGCAGUCUCCUUGAGUAGUUUAUAUUUAGUAAUUUAGUUGUGUACCUUUUUAUUUUGAAGUAAUUUUUGAUUUGCAGAAGAGUUGCAGAGACGGUACAGGGUUUCCAUGUACCCUCACCUUCCCCCAUGUCAAUAUCAAAACAAAGAAAUAAGCAUUGUUGCAUUGCUGUUAACUAAACCACAGGCCUAUUGAGAUUGCCCCCUUUUUUUUUUGAGACAGAGUCUCGCUCUGUCGCCCAGGCUGGAGUGCAGUGGCGCAAUCUCGGCUCACCGGAAGCCCCGCCUCCCGGGUUCACGCCAUUCUCCUGCCUCAGCCUCCUGACUAGCUGGGACUACGGGCACCCGCCACCACGCCCGGCUAAUUUUUUUAUAUUUUUAGUAGAGAUGGGGUUUCACCGUGUUAGCCAGGAUGGUCUUGAUCUCCUGACCUCGUGAUCUGCCCUCCUCGGCCUCCCAGAGUGCUGGGAUUACAGGCGUGAGCCACCGCGCCCGGCCGAGAUUGCCCCGUUUUUUUCCCAGUGUCCAGGAAUCGAUUUAAUUUUUACAGUUAUUUACUUUCUCACAUUUUUACUAAGUCCAGAAUAUCAUCAAACUCACAAAACCACUGGUCAAAAAAACCCAAAUGGCCACUAAUUAGGCAAUACAGCACCUGCCUCAAAUUUGGGUUCAUAUGGAUUUUUUCCUCCCUUUUUGUGGAGAACAUAGUCUUGCUGUGUUGCCCAGGCUAGUCUUGAACUCCUGGACUCAAGCGAUCCUCCCGCCUCUGCCUCCCUAAACUCUGGGAUUACAGGUGUGAGCUGCUGUGCCCAGCUCAUCCAGAUUCUUGCUGGUUCUCUUUCUCAGCCUAAAUGUCUUGUUUUCGUGGAGAAAUUAUCAAAUGAAGCAGGAGUGCCAAACAAGCCUCAUAGGCUCUUCACCCUACAACAUCUAUGUUAGGUAGAAAAGUAUGUGGAUUUUUAAAAAUAAUCUGGUAUAAAGAGUUUUUAAGAACUAUCUUCAUCAUCUUAGUAUCAGAUUGUGCUUGAGAAGUUAGGUACAAUGUAAUGUGAUUCAUUGCUAAAAACAAAAUGCCUCCCACAAUUGCAGACUCACUCAUUUUACCAAACUAUGGAAUUUGUCAACACCUUUGCUUGGGACCAAGGAAGCAAAGUCAGUGGAUACCGUGUCCUGUAGACAUGUCACCUGUGAUAAGGCACGGACAACAUGAACUGGCAAAGACAUUGGCAUUUGGUCAAAUGCUUAUGAGCUAAGGAUAGAAGGGAAAAAUAGUUGUGUGAAUAAUUUUACCUCUUAGUUCUUAUGAAGGACGGUUAUCGGGCUGGAAAAAUGUUUAUUGGACUGAUGCUUUGGAGCCUCUCAAUGAAUGUAAUAAAAAAAAAUGUGUAGUGAGCACAAAUGUAUGGAUUUGCAGCACAAUCCAACUUUGAAAAUGUGAAAAUAAGUGAGUUAGUGAUAUGUUUGGUUGGUGUUAAUUUGAGUCCUAAAUAAAAUCGAGUACUGGUAAAAGAA